AAGAAAACAAGAAGCCCGAGAGACAUGCCAAAAAGGGUACCAUGUGGGUUGCAUGCCCAUUCGUCUUUUGAGUUUGCCUUACUUUGUUGCCUUCUCGACAGCACGGUUCCAUAUGCUUCGGUCCAUCGAGCAAGCGGCUAAGAAUCAAGUCACAGCCUUGCCCUUGCUCGUGUCUAUCUUCUUUCACACUUGGUCUGUGGUGAGCUUUAACGCAGCAUUUUUUGGUGUUAAUACUCUGUGUGCUCAAUCCUUUGAAUGAGUGGUGCAACAUGUUAAAUACCCACAAAUUCUUGGCACGCAAUCCUUUUGGAUAAGCGCUGGCCACUAGUUAUUGGUGGCUACCAUGGCUCUUAGCUAGUUAGCAUCAAAAUUUGUCUUAAAACUUCUAGUUGUUGUAAAUUCUCAGCAUACUCUGGUUCCAUGGGGCUACAAUGAUUUGAAAUGUUAGCCAUGGAGGUGGGGUGGAAUGGGCGCUACAGUUUUGAAGAACUGGGUUAUCUCAACUGGGAAGUUAAAAUCUUUAUGUCAGUAUUUGCUUGAUGGUACUCAGGCUAGGCCUUGUGGUAGCUGCUUCAGUUGCAGCCUAUGCUGUAAGACAUAUCAAUGUUAAAAACUCAAAAUCCGUCGCCUCUGUCGACAAGCUCACCGAAAAUGGUGAAGAGAAGGAGGAGAUUAAACAUUAUGUGGAGGAAGAGGAGGAAGAAGAAGUCAAGUUAAUAAGUAGUGUGUUUGAUCAAGUUCCUGUUUAUAUAACUGAAGAUGAAGACAUUUUACCUGAAUUUGAAGAACUUUUAUCUGGGGAGAUUGAGUUUCCAUUACCUGAAAUCGACGACGACAAAGCCGAGAAGGAUAGAGUGUAUGAAACCGAGAUGGCAAACAACGCGAGCGAAUUGGAACAGUUGCGUAACUUAGUACAGGAAUUGGAGGAGAGGGAAGUGAAGCUUGAAGGUGAACUGCUCGAAUACUACGGAUUAAAAGAGCAGGAAUCCGACAUUACGGAGUUGCAGAGGCAGCUCAAGAUCAAGGCAGUAGAGAUUGAUAUGCUUAAUAUUACCAUUAGCUCUUUGCAGGCUGAAAGGAAGAAGCUUCAAGAGGAGAUUGCACAAGAUGGUAUGGUUAAGAAGGAGUUGGCGUUUGCUAGGAAUAAGAUCAAGGAGCUGCAAAGGCAGAUUCAGCUUGAUGCUAACCAAACAAAAGGGCAGCUGUUGUUGCUUAAGCAACAAGUUUCUGGUCUACAGGCAAAGGAGAUGGAAACUAGAAGGAAAGAUGAUGAAAUGGAAAAGAAACUGAAAGCUGUGAAGGAUUUGGAGGUUGAAGUUAUGGAGCUUAAGCGGAUGAAUAAAGAACUUCAAAUUGAAAAGCGGGAGCUGACUAUUAAACUCGAUGCUGCCGAGAAUAGCAUCUCGACUCUCUCGAACAUGACAGAAAGUGAAUUGGUAUCCCAAACUAGAGAGGAAGUCAACAGUUUAAGGCAUGCAAAUGAGGACUUAAUAAAGCAAGUUGAAGGACUUCAAAUGAAUAGGUUCAGUGAAGUUGAGGAAUUAGUUUACCUUAGAUGGGUCAAUGCCUGCCUAAGAUAUGAACUCCGCAACUACCAGGCGCCUACCGGAAAACUAUCCGCUCGUGAUCUCAACAAGAAUUUGAGCCCAAAAUCACAGGAGAAGGCUAAACAACUCAUGUUGGAGUAUGCUGGAUCGGAACGUGGACAAGGAGACACCGAUCUCGAAAGCAACUUCUCCCAACCAUCUUCUCCUGGAAGUGAAGAUUUUGACAAUGCUUCAAUUGAUAGUUCCUUUAGUAGAUAUAGUAGCCUCAGUAAGAAACCAAGCUUGAUCCAGAAGUUGAAGAAAUGGGGCGGUCGGAGCAAAGAUGAUUCGAGCGCUCUUUCGUCACCAGCCAGAUCAUUUUCGGGGAGUUCUCCGAGCAGGAUGAGCAUGAGUCAGAAGCCAAGAGGUCCAUUAGAAGCAUUGAUGCUUAGAAAUGCAAGUGACAAUGUUGCAAUCACCACGUUUGGUAUGAUGGAACACGAAAUUCCCGACUCUCCAAGCACCCCGAAUCUGCCAACUAUCAGAACUCAAACUCCUAAUGAAUCCUUGAAUUCAGUAGCAUCAUCAUUUCAGCUGAUGUCUAAAUCAGUUGAAGGAGUAUUAGAUGAGAAAUAUCCAGCAUACAAAGACCGACAUAAACUGGCAUUAGCAAGAGAGAAGCAAAUUAAGGAAAGGGCUGAUCAAGCAAGAGCAGAGAGGUUUGGCAAUAUUUCAAAUUCAAAUUUGAACACUGAAUUUAAAGGUAAGACAGAUAAAGAUAGAUAUGCAACUUUGCCGCCAAAACUUUCUCAAAUAAAGGAAAAACCAGUUGUACCUAGUGCUUCUGCUGAUCCAUCUGGUGAAGAUAAGACGACGGAGUCUCCAGCCAUAAGCAGGAUGAAGCUAGCUGAGAUCGAGAAGCGACCUCCACGAACGCCUAAGCCACCACCAAAACCAUCAGCAGGUGCUUCUGUAAGUAAAGGUCCCAAUCCUCAAGGUGGUGUACCAGCUGCUCCACCUCUACCACCACCACCUCCACCACCUGGUGGACCGCCUCGUCCACCGCCUCCUCCGGGAAGCUUGGCUAAAGGUGUAGGUGGUGAUAAGGUUCAUAGAGCGCCUGAGUUAGUUGAAUUCUAUCAGACGUUAAUGAAACGAGAGGCAAAGAAGGAUACUCCUCUACUUUCUUCUACAACAUCAAAUGUAUCUGAUGCUAGAAGUAACAUGAUUGGGGAGAUUGAGAACAGAUCAUCAUUCCUCAUAGCAGUUAAAGCUGAUGUGGAAACUCAAGGCGAUUUUGUCAUGUCAUUGGCGGCUGAAGUUCGAGGAGCUACCUUCUCUAAUAUAGAGGAUGUCGUGGCCUUCGUAAAUUGGCUAGACGAAGAGCUAUCGUUCUUGGUUGAUGAAAGGGCUGUCCUGAAGCACUUUGAUUGGCCAGAAGGAAAAGCAGAUGCAUUAAGAGAGGCGUCUUUCGAGUAUCAGGACCUAAUGAAGUUGGAGAAGCGGGUCACCACGUUCGUCGAUGAACCGAAACUUCCAUGUGAAGCAGCUUUAAAGAAAAUGUACUCCUUGCUUGAGAAGGUUGAGCAGAGUGUCUAUGCACUCCUACGCACAAGAGACAUGGCUAUCUCGCGAUAUCGAGAGUUUGGAAUUCCAGUUGAUUGGUUGUCAGAUACAGGUGUUGUUGGAAAGAUUAAGCUCUCAUCAGUACAAUUAGCAAGGAAAUACAUGAAGCGUGUUGCAUCAGAACUUGAUGCAAUGAGUGAACCCGAGAAGGAGCCGAACAGAGAGUUUUUGGUCUUGCAAGGCGUCCGCUUCGCGUUCCGUGUUCAUCAGUUUGCGGGAGGUUUUGACGCAGAGAGCAUGAAGGCUUUUGAAGAGUUGAGGAGCCGAGUUCAUACGACACAGAUGGGUGAUGAUAACAAGCAAGAAGCCUGAAUUAUUUAUUCAAGUUCAUCGUUAUCCCAAUUUAAUUUCAGCAAUCAUAUACUUGUUGUAACUCAUUGCUACAAGAGAGAUGAUUU